AGAGGUGUCUGCUGCAAUAGUUGAACUGUGCAAAGCGCAACGUUGGCUAGCGAUGUCACCAGGGAAGAAAGAAGCAGGUGUAGAGGAUGAAGCUGUUGCUAAUUUUCGUGAAUAUUUACGUAUCCCCUCCGUUCAGCCGGACGUGAAUUACGAUGACUGCGUUGCAUUCCUGAAGAAACAAGCGGUUCAACUAGGUUUACCACUACAAGUUUAUUCUGUAGUGUUUGGGAAACCGAUUGUGGUGUUGACAUGGGAAGGUUUGGAGCCAGGACUUCCAUCAGUACUGCUGAACUCUCACAUGGAUGUAGUUCCAGUAUUUCCUGAGAAAUGGACACAUGACCCUUUUAGUGCCGAUAAGGAUAAAAAUGGGAACAUAUUUGCCCGUGGGGCACAAGAUAUGAAAUGCGUGGGAAUUCAGUAUUUGGAGGCUGUACGCCGUCUCAAAUCUGAAGGAGUCCGACUCAGAAGGACAAUUCACAUUUCAUUUGUGCCAGACGAAGAGAUUGGUGGUAAAGAUGGCAUGGCUAAGUUUGUCAGCACUCCUGACUUCCGUGACUUGAACAUCGGCUUUGCCCUGGAUGAAGGCAUGGCAAGUCCUUUUGAACAAUUUUCACUCUUUUAUGGAGAGCGGAGUAUAUGGCAUAUGUUCGUACACUGCCCGGGUACUCCAGGUCAUGGGUCCUUGCUGCUGCCAGAUACAGCUGGAGAGAAAGUUCGCAUCAUUAUAGACCGUUUCAUGGACUUUCGAGAGCAAGAGAAAAAGAAGUUGGGGUCAAACCCAAGCCUAACUGUUGGUGAUAUCACUACUGUGAACCUGACGCAACUUAAGGGUGGUGUUCAAUCAAAUGUUGUUCCUCCAGAAUUGGUGGUAGUGUUUGAUGUGCGAUUGGCUGUGACAGUAGAUCAUGCAGAGUUUGAGGCUAUGGUGAAUAGAUGGUGUACUGAAGCGGGGCCUGGCACGUACGUUGAGUUUGAGCAGAAGGAACCCAAAAUACAGGUGACCAAACUGGACAGUUCCAACCCGUGGUGGCUUGCUUUCAAGAGAGCUUGUGAUGAUAUGAAGUUAGAAUUGAAACCUGAUAUAUUUCCUGGUGGAACGGAUAGCCGUUAUGUGAGAGGGGUUGGUUUACCUGCCCUAGGGUUCUCGCCAAUGAAUAAAACUCCAGUACUGCUUCAUGAUCAUGAUGAAUUUCUCAAUGAAGAUGUGUUCCUGAAGGGCAUCGACAUCUAUUACCAGAUUAUCCCGGCUGUUGGCAAUGUUCCCUCUGCAAAGAAAUGAGUGUUUGUAUCUUCAUGGGUCAUGUUUGCAAAGAUGCCUUCACAUGAAGUGAUGUUGAAAUUGUGAGUAGCAGCGUCAGCAGUAGUGUAUUCACCUUUACCGUAUUGAGUAAUCUCCUUCCUGUUGUAUGCUAACUGAACUUUGUUUACGUACGUUUACUUGCCAUUGUGCAAAAUACGUCUUUAAUUUUUGAAGUAGAUAAAACCAAUUGUGUAUGUGCAUUUUUUUAAUUAGUAAAGAGUAUAGUAAAUUCUUUUCGGGCUACCGCCUUGAUCAUACGUUAGUAAAGAGUAGGUUAAUUUUGUAGGAUAUUCAGUUGAUUUCCACAGACCAUAGAAAUAGAGCCCACUUCAAAUUUGAUUACCUCAUUUGCACUUUUACUGCUUUGUGAUUUUAUAGUGGUUUAACGUCUUAGGCUGGCGCCACACGACCGUACAAAGUACGUCCGUCGUAACGCAGUUCGUGAUGUCCGUCAUAGAAUUAUGAAGGGGCAUAUAGGAUACAACACACAUGUGCGUGUGCUUCGUGUGUUGUACCCUAUAUGCCCCUUCAUAAUUCUAUGACGGACGUCACGAACUUCGUUACGACGGACGUACUUAGUACGGUCGCAUGGCCCCAGCCUUAGUGCCAUUUUGAAGCUUACAGUUUCUUUGUUAUAAUUCAUUAAUAACAAAGUGUUUUAUUAUGGUUAUUCUGAUGUAAGUUAUUCUAUCAUGGUUAGUAAAUAUUUUUUCUUUCAAAGUUUUGUUGUACGGUGCAGAUGACAGGAUAUCGCGACUGAUUUGAAUAAAUAAAUUACAUGCAAAAAUACGUGCAUCGUGGAAAUUCUUAAGGUAUAGCAAUAUAAAUUCUGAGCUAGCAUCAAGCACAAAUAACAUUCCCAUUAUACUAUCGUUGCUUAUUAUUUAUUUAUAAAAAAGUAAAUGUAAAGCUGUUCCACUAUACGCCUUGUAGGCGCUUGGGGGAGGGGAUGCAUAGCUCCUACUCAUUCUUGAGAGUUUAUGUUAAAUGAUAGAUGCUUGCUAUCCUUAGGUGGCCUAAUAAUGUUUAUAGUUGACAUAUUUUUAAUUUUGCCGUGCUCAGUCGUUAUCAGCGCUAUAUACAAUUGCUGAAUGCAAAAUAUCUGUGUGUGCGAGCUGUGUCAUAGUAAGAGUGGAACGGGGGAUGUAAAGGGUAAGGGGGUGCAGGACACAGUAUGUUUUCACAUGGCAGUCUUUCUCUCGCUCCGCAUAUCUUGGCUGACUGGCCGGACGGCCACCAACGUGUUUAUUUGUAAGAGUUGAUGAAGCUCAGAGGUAUCUUGCGACAAGUAUAAAUAAUUUGAAUGAUAUUAUAAAGGUUGUUAAGAGAAAGAUGAGCUCUUAUGAGAGAAAGGACCUUAAAGAUGCUGGAAGAAUGUAAUAUGAAUAUUUAUUCACCGUGAACUUUGUUGAUGAGUAUAGUGACUCCUCACUGACAAAAUUUGUCUGGAAAGUGACUGUGAUGAAAGGUGCCAGUUUUUUCAUCCAUUGUGCAAACAUGUAUAGAACCUAAUGAGGAAUAACGUUGUGGUAUGCGGUGUUCUUAAUCAUCCCUGUUGGCCUUUGUUCUUUUGUAUUGAUCCAAUUUUUUUAUAUUUUGUGCUUGAGUGUUGGUAAGUUAUGUUAUAUUGUUUUGUUAAAUUUGAUUUGAUAUUGUUUAUCAUGUUUGUAUAUUAGAGAUAUGUUUAAUAUUAUAUUAAUACAAAAUCAGGGAAUUCAUAUUUGUGUGUGUGUAUAUAUAUACACAUAUACUGCUUCUAUUUAGAUAAUGCAAUCUGGGGCAAAUUCAGCAAUUACUCCGUAGGAAGAAUAGAUACCAAAACAUAAAUUUACGGUAAUUAAAGCCAAAUAUGUUCAUUCGUUAGAGCAGCGCUUUUUGCCAUUUGAUUUGCUCAGAAUUCUUCUCCAUGUGUUUUUAUAUAUAUUUUACAGAUUCAGUUCCAGAACAGAUUUGUAAAAUUUUGUGAGAAAGUGUUACGAUUUUAAAUGCGAUUUUUUGAUUAUAAUAUGUUUUAUCCUACUUUUUCACUAUUUGUGUAAUUUAUCUUAGUGAGGAAUGAUAAUGGGUAGUAUAUAAGAACAGUAACUUGUGUGGCUUGACAUUUUUAUGUGCUCUGCAUCAUUGUUUAUGUGAUGCACAGUAUACGAGACGCGUCACUGCCGCAAACAAGUCCGUUUGACACUACUUGACUACUGAAGUGUAAGUUGGACUUAUAUAAAAUUGUGUGCCUGUUGUUAUAUGUAUAUCAGUUUUAUCUGGAACUUUUAUUUAAUCAACAUUUUAAAUAAACAUGUAUGAAAAUUUGGAGUGUGCCAUUAUCAUGUAUGUGAGAUACUUCAAAAAUGUAUGAGCACCAAUUAGCACAAUAUUUUGAAAUUAUCACAAUUUUAUGUUGAAGGUAAAUCAUUUUUAGAUAACCUGUUUGUUGAAUACUUGGAUAUCUGUGUUGUGUAUCAGCCUAUUUCUGAGAUGCGUGAAAUUCUGACCCUGUAAUCAGUUGUGCAAUUUCAGAAGUAAAAAAAAAAAAAUGUAAAAUGAAAAGAAAGUCUUGAUUUUUCAUAAAAUCUUCUUCUUCUUCUUCAUCUCGGUAAAAGUUAGUUGUGGAUGUACCGAUUCUGUCAGAAUGGUAGAAAAUGAAGGCAUCAAACCCUGAAGAUGGAGGUGAUGUGUUCUUUUAAAACAUUGAAUGCCACCUAUAAGAGGAAUGGUGUGACAUGUCAGAAGAUAAUGUCCUUGUAAGAGAUUUAUAAUUGAAUUAAUUAAGACAGUCAAUGGAGCAUCAUGCAAUUUAGUUUUAUCAAUUUGAUAAUACUGAAAGUGACAUUUAAAUAUAGGAUUUGAGACUUUCGCGGCGAGUACAAUCAAUAACAUCUUCUCGGUAAUGGUAACCAGCUAACGCGGCUGAUUGCCCGAGAAGAUUUUAUUGAUAUAAUUUGGAACACUAUCAAUAUCAUAACUUGUCAGUGCUUAAGAAACUAUGAAUCCUAGACACUUGAUAGGAUUCCUUGGACAGGGUAUUUGCUUCUUGCAGCAUCUCUACCGACACAGGACAGUGGAAUGUGGCAGCGUGGACAUCCGUGCCGCAAGUGGGAUUCAAACUCAUGAUUCUAGUACUUGUGCAGUUCAAAGACUUUUUUGGUAAUGGCUAUUGGAAAAUUAUUGGUUAAAUAUUUAUUGGUUCAAAAUUAGUAAUAGAUUAGUUCAAACAUAUUUUAUUUGACACAAGUUUUUGGUUAUUGUACUUCUGAUUGUGUAAUGGUGUAAUGGCUUAUGUGCAUUCAGAUUUAUUCGUUUUCCUCUGGUGUCUGCUUUAGAGACUAGAUUUUAUGAUGCUUUGGAACUUCUGCUUUGGCAGAUGUUUCUUACAUCCAAAAAUCCCAUUCCAUUUUACAUUUUUGUUUACUGUGAGGUGAAAUUACCCUUGACCCUAAUAGUCCAGAAAGAAGCAGCAGUGUGCUAGAAUUAGACACCUCACCAUUCAGAAUAAAUGGGUCACAUGUGAAAUAUUUGUGUCAUUUAAUUGGCCAUAAAUGUUUAUGAACAGAAUGUAUUUUUCCGGGGAAUUAUUGUGUAUGAUGACUGGUAUAUGAAAUAAGAAUGUGUAAUGUUGGUACGUAAUGGAAGCAACUUCUGCUAAUUUGUAUAAAUUUAUUGUAAAAGUAAAAAGUACAUUUGAUGUAUCCUUAA